AUGUCUCAGAAUGGAAAUAUAAGGCUUGUUGAUUCCUUAUGUAGUGUGGCAGAAAUUGAAGAAAUUGAUUUUUCAAAAUUAUUAGACAGACCAAGCCUUCUGAAUAUGGAGAGAAAACGAUCAUUUGAUGAGAGGUCACUCAGUGAACUAUCUGUUGCAUUGUCCCCACGUCACUCAUCAAGAAAUGCUGAUAACUCUUUCAGAUUUUUUGACCAUCCUGAAUAUGUAUUUUCGCCCAGUAGAAGGUCACUCAUUGGCACCCCUAGGUCACUGACUGGCUUUGAGCCACAUCCAAUGGUUGCUGAAGCUUGGGAAACUUUGAGGCGUUCGUUGGUGUUUUUCCGUGGUCAGCCAGUUGGGACAAUUGCUGCAACAGAUACCUCUGAAGAAAAACUUAACUAUGAUCAGGUGUUUGUCAGAGACUUUGUUCCCAGUGGAUUGGCUUUUCUGAUGAAUGGUGAACCUGAAAUAGUUAAAAAUUUUAUCUUGAAGACUCUUCGUCUUCAGUCAUGGGAGAAAAAGAUUGAUAGGUUCCAGCUUGGAGAAGGAGUAAUGCCAGCUAGUUUCAAAGUACUCCAUGAUCCAGUCAGGAACAGUGAGACUUUAAUAGCAGAUUUUGGCGAGAGUGCGAUAGGAAGAGUUGCUCCUGUUGAUUCUGGAUUUUGGUGGAUCAUAUUGCUUCGGGCAUACACAAAAUCCACUGGAGACUCUUCAUUGGCGGAACUUCCUGAAUGCCAGAAGGGUAUGCGGCUUAUUCUAAGUUUAUGUCUAUCGGAGGGGUUCGACACAUUUCCAACCCUUCUUUGUGCUGAUGGAUGCUGCAUGAUUGAUCGUAGAAUGGGUGUCUAUGGGUACCCCAUCGAAAUUCAGGCUCUUUUCUUCAUGGCUUUAAGAUGUGCUUUGCUUUUGCUUAAGCAUGAUGAUGAGGGGAAGGAGUUUGUAGAGCGCAUAGUAAAACGCCUUCAUGCCUUGAGCUAUCACAUGAGAAGUUACUUUUGGCUAGACUUUAAGCAGUUAAAUGACAUAUAUCGAUAUAAAACUGAAGAGUACUCACAUACAGCAGUCAACAAGUUCAAUGUGAUACCAGAUUCUCUUCCAGAAUGGGUCUUUGAUUUUAUGCCAACUCAUGGUGGUUACUUUAUUGGGAAUAUCAGUCCCGCCAGAAUGGAUUUCCGUUGGUUUUGCUUGGGUAAUUGUAUAGCAAUUCUUUCAUCCUUGGCAACCCCUGAACAAUCCAUGGCAAUAAUGGAUCUCAUAGAAUCACGAUGGGAGGAAUUGGCAGGAGAAAUGCCACUAAAGGUUUGUUAUCCAGCUAUAGAAAGUCAUGAAUGGAGGAUUGUAACAGGCUGCGACCCGAAAAAUACGAGAUGGAGCUACCACAACGGAGGGUCUUGGCCAGUGCUGUUAUGGCUUCUCACUGCUGCAUGCAUCAAGACUGGGCGGCCCCAGAUUGCUCGACGUGCCAUUGAACUUGCUGAGAGCAGAUUGCUGAAAGACAAUUGGCCUGAGUACUAUGAUGGGAAACUUGGCCGUUACAUUGGGAAGCAGGCUCGUAAAUUCCAGACCUGGUCAGUAGCGGGGUACUUGGUAGCAAAGAUGUUGUUGGAAGACCCGUCUCAUUUGGGUAUGAUAGCGCUCGAGGAAGACAAACAGAUGAAGCCGGCAAUGAAGAGAUCAAAUUCGUGGACUUGCUAA